UCACUCACUGCACCACACGCGCCCUUCUCUCUCCCCCACUCUCUUCGCCCUUCUAUCUCGGUUUGUCCUUCUAAGCCAUGGAUCGCAAGGCCCUUCUCACGGCCACAUUGAUCUGCAUUGUCUUCGCCGGCGUCGGCGGCCAGUCUCCGGCAGCUUCUCCUACUACCUCUCCCGCAACUCCGACCGCAUCACCCGCCAAAUCUCCCGAGAAGCCCAAGUCUCCAGCUCCCGCCACUUCUCCCGCUUCUCACUCUUCCGUUUCUACUCCCGCAGCGGCUCCGGCGAAGUCAUCGACCGAGACACCGGUAGAAGCUCCCAAACCUCCGGCGCCUGUCAGCUCUCCCCCGGCUUCUGCCCCCGUGAUCUCCCCUCCGGCUCCCGAGAGCUCUCCGCCAGCUCCGGCGCCCAAGGCGAAGGCGCCUCCGGCUCCGGUGGUGGCUCCUAGCGCCGAGGUUCCGCCUCCGGAGUUGGCUCCCAGCGCCGAUGUUCCGCCUCCGGUGGUGGCUCCGAGUGCGGAGGUUCCGGCUCCGGCUCCGAGCAAGCAGAAGAAGAAGACUAAGAAGGGGAAGAAGCACGAGAGCUCGCCUGCUCCGGCGCCGGAGCUUCUCGGACCACCAGCGCCUCCGAUGGAGGCUCCAGGACCUAGCCUGGACGCAUCCUCUCCUGGUCCGUCUACCGCCGCCGACGAUCAGAGCGGAGCAGGGAGCAGAAGGGUGCUGCGGAGCGUGAUGGGCGCGGCGGCAGCCACGUGGGCCGUCAUUUCUUUGGCCUUCUAAGCCAAUUAUUGUUAUUGUUAUUAAUUUACAUUUGAAUCGCUGUUUGGUACGAGUGUUAUUACAAUUUCAUUGAUUUCUUAUUGUACCAUUUUUGUAUGAAAAAUAAUAUAUGGUUGAGUAGAUGGGAUGGACACACAAUACACAUUGCCUUUGUCUUUCA